GUACUGUCCAGUUUAACAAAACAAAAUUACUUUUUUUUUGCUUUAAUUUUGUGGCCGAGAUACGCGAAUGGCGCGCAUUCGGUCAGUCCGCACACCGCAGCGCGCCGCCGCCGGCCGUUCCAACAUGGACGUCGCAAAUGCGCGCCAAAACGAAUUCCAUUUUCAAAUAUGUUUACGUUCGUUCUUAAAUUAAAUAGUUGAUAAAUAAAAAAGUGAUGUUCCAAUCAAAUUAUAAUUACCAAAGAUUUUGCUCAAUAUGAAUAAUUUAAAAUGGUCACGAAAUCGAUGUUUAAAAAAUGCUUGCUGUUUGCUGUGAUAUUUUUGAUGUGCACGUGUGAGGGGAGGAGGAAAAUCAAAAGAAAAGUGGAAAGUUUUAGUGAUGUGACCAGCAACUCGCUUAAACGGAUUGUCAAGAACUCGAGUGACAUUGAAACUUCGCGCGGAUUUUUCCCGCCAGGUGGUCUCUUCACCCUCGGCAAGGUCCUCAACUUCUUCCCUGUUGGCGGCGAGCGCGAAUGCCAACCGACUGGCUACAAGACUGCUCGCGCCGGUAUCUGCCUGAACCCGUACGACUGUCGUCAGAGGGACGGACAGAGCGCCGGCGACUGUGCACACGGACUGGGAGUGUGCUGCGUGUUCGAAGUAUCUUGCGGCGGGCUGGUCCAGAACAACCUCACCUAUUUCAUCUCCCCUGGCUUCCCGGAGCUCUGGACCGGGGAGAAGGACUGCAGCAUCACCGUGGAGAAGACGCACGCUGGCAUUAUGCAGUUGAGGAUCGACUUCGUACACUUUACUAUUGGCCAACCCAACCGGCUGACAGGAGAGUGCGACGAGGACGCCAUGAUCGUGGGCGAGGGAGACAACGAAUUCAGGAUCUGCGGACAAAACCAUGGCCAGCACAUAUACUACACCCUACCAACAACCAGCGAAAAACGUGACCUCGACGAUGAGCUGCCUUCAUCAGCGUCGACCAAAAUCACAGUACGCAUGCGCGGGAGUGACAUGCCCAGACUUUGGUUGCUACGGCUUGCGCAGAUGCCUUUAGCUCAUUCUGCGCCGCAUGAUUGUAGGCAGUUUUACACGGGGAAUAACGGCACAAUAAGGACGUUCAACUACGCCGUGAACGGGAGACAUUUGGCCAACCACGAGUACAGAGCAUGCAUAAGACGUAACUCUGGGAUCUGCUCCGUCAGAUACACCCCGUGUGACAACCGCUCCUUUAGGAUAGGAGGAGGGCAGCAGUUAGACGUCAAACCCUCAGAUGUGGUGGAAGACGGGAUGAUGCCAGUGAACGAGGUCCAGACUCAAGAGGACGAGACGGAAGGCUCAGGAGCUGAUCCUCAGAUCGCACCGGCUGGGCAAGCUACCCCGGCACCCAGUAUGGCUUCCAGGAUCUGGAGCUAUAUUUGGCCCUCCUGGCUCUGGCAGGCCCGCACGCUGUCCUGGCACUGGUCGCCCUAUGCUCAACACUACGCGGUACCAGAAGAUGACAAGAUCCGGUACACCGGUUACGGGAAGUUCGGGGAGGGGUUGAAGGGGGGGUACGGGAGGCUGCGGUGCAAGGACAGGAUCACGAUUCCGUGCGAAAAUGAGUAUUUUGUUUCGAGCUCCAUCUGGAUGUCUGGCGUUUGCGACCCCCACCAUUGCGGCUCCUCCUUCUGUCCCAACAGAAGCCCUAGCGACUGCCACGUUGACACCUCCAUAACGCCCUUCGCAGUGUCCGUACACUUCGGCCCGCCAUCUUUGAAGCUUAAUCCUGAGGAGAACAUAGGCGCAUGUUUGAGGUAUACGCAAGUGCCUUGCGAAGCAUGAUGAGGAUAUUUCUGAGCACUUUGGAUCACCAUCUUUGAAACUUAAUCCUGAGCAGAACAUAUUAAGCGCAUGUUUGAGGUAUACGCAAGUGCCUUGCGAAGCAUGAUGUGGAUAUUUCUGGGCACUUUGGAUCGCCAUCCUUGAAACUUGACCGCCAGGAGAACAUAUAUAGGCGU